AUGCGUGGGAUGCUCUGGCUGCUGUGUCUGGUGGCCGCAAGUGCUUCUCUCUGGGGGUUCGCACCACUUGCCCCAGAGGUCGAGUCCAUCACCCAGGUAUUCGUGUCGAAUAUCACCAUCGUCGACUCGGCAGAAUCAGCGCGCCAUGCGGACGAGUAUGCUCGUCUCCAGCAGCGUCUUCAGCGGUCGACGGGCUCAUGGGGGCCAUCGCAUCCACGACACCGCCUGCUGACUGCCCUCCAUGGAUUCCAUCGUUACAGGGAGAGGAAUCUAGUCGAGGUGAAGCGAUGGCGGGACUGGUAUAAGCAGAUCCCCAAGCGACAGCGAUCGAUGGUGGAAUCUACCGUCCACUACACGCGGAAACUCAACACCGUCGAGCAUCUCUUCGAGGCCAACGAACGGGUCGCCCAUGCGAUCGUGGAGAACGGAAAGCGAUUCUACAACGUCUCCCAAGCCGAGUUGGAUGGAUUCAUCCAGGAGAACGAACGCGAAGGAGGCACCACCGACCGCACCAGCGUUUCCCAGGCGAUGAAGCAUUUUGUGCGCGACUGGUCAGACGAAGGGUAUGACGAGCGGCAGGAAGCAUUUCCCUGUAUCAUCAACGCGUUGGCGAGCAUGUCGCGCAGUGAGGAACAGCCCCUGCAGGUGUUGGUGCCUGGUGCUGGCAUCGGACGACUGGCGCAUGAGAUAGCAGUCCUUGGAGGCAUGGAGGUCACGAUGAACGAAUGGUCUGCGUACAUGAACCUGGCCUACCGAUACAUCUCGAGUCUCUCCAUCCCCCACGGCAUGGCCUUUCACCCAUACAUCGACUGGUGGUCGCAUCAUGCUACAACAGCCGAUCUCCAGCGAUCAGUGUCUUUCCCAGACCAGGUGGCCAAUCCAUUGUCGGUCCUGUCAGUCGAAGGAGACUUUACCACCGUGUUCUCCGACAACACCGAACAGUACGAUGUGAUUGUCACCCUCUUCUUCAUCGACACAGCGCGUAACCUCGUCUCCUACCUCGAGACCAUCCAUCGACUACUAAAACCCGGCGGAACCUGGAUCAACCUGGGCCCGCUCCUCUACGGCAGUGCGCCCUUCCUGCAACUGUCGCUGGACGAGAUCGUAGCCCUCAGCGAGCGCAUUGGCUUCACAUUCGAGGAGACCGACGCCUCCUGCGGCGAACUCACCCUAGCAGGUCGCCCCGUCCGCGGCAAAGAAGUAGCCUACGCGCGGAAUGGGCGAGGACUGAGUAAGAAUGCGUACCAGGCGCAGUUCUGGGUUGCUCGACGAGGAUAG